AUGGCUCCCGGUAGGAUGGUAACCUCCAGCCGUCGUGCGGGGAGGGUUACGAAUAAAACCAAGUUAUUGAUUUACAAAGGGACGGAUAAAGUGGAUUUGGGUGCUGCCGAAACUAUCGUCUGGGAAUCAAAUGAUCCCUCUUCAUCCAACUCUGCCCACGCCAAUUCCGAAUCAACAAAACAUCAACACGUCGGUGCCAAAGGUGUGGAAUCUGGUGAACUACUGGAACACCAUCUUCAAGCAGCUUUAUCAUCGGCAUCCCUAUUACAUUCCCGCGCAACCUCUGCUAAACCAUCUUCACCCGAUGGUAAAUCAAAUGGUACAACACUAAAACCAGAAACCACUUCCACCUCUUCGUUAAACUAUCAUAUCCCCACACCUGAUGCUACAGGUCUGGUCAAAGAUGAUCUAUUCGCUCCGUUGUAUCAAGCUACGAAGUAUGUCGAACCCGUCAACUACAUUAGAUUCUCUGAUACGGUCGAGGAGAGCAGCGGCGGAUGGGGAGGGUUAGGAUAUUGUAUGGAUGACAAAGAUUAUAAAUGGUUAAAUGAAUUCAAUUCGAAACAGGAAGGUUCAAGUGGUACUGCCAACAGUCCUCAGACACCUUUGAAAGAAUUUACAAACGGUAAUCAACCUCAACCCCCUACCAGCGCUGGAAGAGGUAUGAGAGCGAAAGGGAAGGAGAAGGAGAAAGAUAAGCAUGAUGGUAUACCUACAUCGCUGUUUAUCUCAGAAGAUACCUUUGAGUAUAUCAUGGGCGUGUUGGAGAAGUAUGCGGAAGAUAGUGUACCUAUGUUACACACUAACUUAUCAUUGCUUCCCCCAUUCUCCUCUGUCGAACCUCUUUUCUCAUCCCCCAUAUCCGCCUCUUUUCUGCCAAGUAACGAAAUACCGAAAGGGUUGCCGGAUCUGAAGGUUCUCUCUCGAAUGGCUAGAAAUGUGUAUUCUCAUUGGAAGGUUAGGAGGGAAGAGAGGGAAGGGAAACCAAUCAUACCUGCAUUGAACUACGACGAGACCAAUGAUAAUGAUCCAUAUGUCUGUUUCCGACGACGGGAUAUUCGAGCAACUCGUAAAACUCGACGUACGGAUAACUACUCGAUCGAACAAUUCCAGAAAAUCCAAACCGAAUUGCGUUUGGCUCACAAUCUUGCGUCUAUGGUAGUGCAGCGUGAGAAGCAGAAGAGGGAACUGUUCAAAUCGGAUAAAGAAGUCUGGGAAGCUAAAUGGAAGUUGUUCGAGACUAAACGACGAUGGCCUUCGCUGGGUAUGACAAGGGAAGAAGAGGAGAUCAUCACUGGAAGACCAAUCUCAGGUAUAUUACCUCCGCCAAACACCAUCAUACCCUCGAUGCCCUUACAAACUUCAUCAUCUACCAAUAUACCACAGGCAAGGAAGCGAACCUUUCACGAGAAAGAUAGAGAGGAAAGAGAUAAACGGGAUAGAACGAGUGAUCAUCCAUCUCGAAUCACCAACGACAAGAUACCUGUUGGUUCAUCUGGUCGACCAAACAUUCCCGAGGUCCUCAAGGAGAGAUUGGCCGCUCUUCAGUUGCGACAUGAAGAGUUGUUGGCCAGACGGAAAGAAGCAGACUCGGCUUGGGAUGACUGUACUGAUAACUCAUAUCAACCCUUGCCCCCUUCCGCUGCCAUCCAGACAUUCCGACCUCGAACGUCCCUUGAUCCCCACUACGCUCGUACGCUCAACCGGGGUCGUGAGGACUCGGACGAUGAUGACGAGCCCUACCCCUUGUACCCAUCUGCCUUUCGACUUCGACGCGGACGAGGUGGUGUUCUUAGACUCGAUAGACGGACACCGCUCUAUAGCCACCGGACAGGAUUGCCACCGUCUUCACCCUCUGAUUACGCUGAUUGGCUUUUCCCCGAUACCGUUCCAUCACCAAACUCAUCGAGAAGACCCAAAUCUAUCGAUGAAGUCGAGGAAGACGAAGACGACUGGUCUCAGAAGCGAAGGAAGCUCAAUGAAUUAUCGAGAUAUGAUGUAUCUCGAGGUGGUGCUUUGGGUGUCGGGAUGGGUAUGGAAGAGGAUAUGGAUCGAGUGGUCGUAGACGAUUUCGAUUCCAAGUAUAUCCGAAACCGAAUCAGUCUGCUUCAGAACGAUGAUUGGGAGAAGCUCAAACCGGAUGUUUCUGUUCUCGAUCAAGCAAUUACUGCUCUCGAUGCUCCCAUGGAACUACCUCCCACACCAGUUUUCGUCCGACCACAAAUCCAAAACAAUCCUCAGCUUGUCGCUGUUCAACUUCAGCAACAACAACAACAGAUGAUGCAGCAGCAACAGCAAAUGGAGAACUUCCAGCGUCUACAGAUGAUCGCUCAGGCCCAAGCUUUCCAAGCUCAACAACAGCAAUUAGCCCAAGCUGCUGCUCAAGGUCAGAAUCUGCCGCAAGGGCAAAACGUUCCCUCUCAACCCAGAGCUCCUUCUGCCGACGCAGCAUCAGUCGCUUCACCUGUCGUCAACGGACAAUCAAUGCCUCCCCCCAACGGUAACGGUCGACCUCAAAAUGUCAAAAGACAGUCUACCAAUGCUCAGAUGGCACCACCUGCUUCGACCCAGCAUAGACCUAAUGCUUCUGCUUCUGCUUCCCCUACAAAUUCAACCCAUCCUAAUCCCGCUAAUGGCUCACCUCAAAUCAUCAACGGGACCGUUCCAAACAACACCAACGGUAACGGUAAACCAUUCACCAAUUCACCAGUGGUUAACGGCAACGGCAAUGUUAAUGCGAAUGGCAAUGUGAUUGAUCCGGUAAUUCAACAAAGGAUCUUAGCUGCUCGAGCUAUCGCCGCACAAGCUCAACAGCAAUUACCUCCUCAGUUGAAUUUGGAGAACAUGACGCAAGAUCAACUCGCCGAAAUCAGCAGGAUGGCCCAACAAGCAGGAUACGGAGAUAACGUCCAAGGUUUCGUGGAAUUACGAAAUAAGACUUUCCUAUUGAAGAUGGCCAGAAUGGCUCAACAGCAACAGCAACAACAGUUAGCUCAGGUGAACCAGCAACAACAGGCCAAUCAACAGCAGCAACAGAGCCCUGCCUUACCGACUGGAGGGUUGAACUUGAAGUUACCUGCUCAUGCGGCUGCUAGGUUGGGUGCAGCCGGAGGUCAACCGAAUGGAGCGAAUGGUCAACAACAAGCUUCUCCUGCGCCGCAAAGGGCGUGA